GCAUUUCAAUCUGUUUUCGUAGUCUUUUCAUACACUUUUAUUUUGACAUUUUCGGUUAUGGCGAACGCCGGAAGUUGCGUCCUUACGUAUGCUUGACUUCCCACAGACACACGUGUGGGAUACAUUCAGUGGAUAAAACACAGAGCAGAAAUGCUUCGACGGGAGGCCAGGUUGAGGAGGGAGUACCUCUACAGGAAAGCCCUGGAGGACAGACAGCGUGCCGUCGAAGAGAAGAAAGAGAAGCUAAAAUCUGCUUUAGAUGAGAACCGUAUGAUCCCGACUACGGUUCGGCGAGAGGCUCUCGAGCUCCAGAAACUUCUGGAAUACGACGACGAGGGGGGAGAGGGUGUGAGCUCUCACAUGGACGACGAGUACAAGUGGGCUGGAGUGGAGGACCCCAAAAUCAUGGUCACAACAUCGCGAGACCCCAGCUCCCGUCUGAAGAUGUUUGCAAAGGAGAUGAAGCUGAUCUUCCCUGGGGCUCAGCGUAUGAACAGAGGGAACCACGAGAUGAACGCCCUGGUGCAAGCCUGCAAGGCCAAUGCUGUCACUGACCUGGUCAUUUUCCACGAGACCAGAGGCCAGCCAGACGCCAUGGUUGUGAGCCACUUGCCGUUUGGCCCCACGGCCUACUUCACCCUGUACAACGUGGUGAUGAGACACGACGUCCCGGACAUCGGCACCAUGUCCGAGGCUUUCCCGCACCUCGUAUUCCACAACUUCAGCUCACGGCUGGGAAAGAGGGUGUCCAGCAUCCUCAAAUAUCUCUUUCCGGUGCCAAAAGAAGACAGCAAGCGGAUAAUCACCUUUGCCAAUCAGGAGGACUACAUUUCUUUCAGACAUCACACGUAUCAGAAGAAGGAUCAUAAGAAUAUCGAGCUGUCGGAGGUGGGGCCAAGGUUUGAAAUGAAAUUGCACAUGAUCAAGCUGGGUGCCCUGGAUGCCGAGGCCACAGCGGACGUGGAGUGGCGCCACAGCUCCUUCAUGCGCACAGCCAAGAAGCGCAAGUUCCUGAGUGUGGACUAGCUCCGCCUACUGAGCCAUCCCUGCCAAUCAGAUUCGAGCAAACAAGGUCUCAGACUCUGGGUCCAUGCUUGCAGUCACUCCCAUCUCUCAACUGCGGCUCCAAGAUGACUUCACAACGAAGGGUCGAUUCCAAACUAAACGCAAAGCAUACAGUAUUUAAUUUUGGUACAUAUAUGUAAACUGAGUGUGAAAUAAUUAUUUCAUUGAAAAAAUACAUUUUCUUAAAAAAAUCUUU